AUGAACGUUGACAGGCUGUUUGACCAGCCAGAUGGCAGUGGGCGUGAGGCCGGACCGGUGCCGAAACGUGCGCGACUCUCGCGCGACGAGCAGCUUUUGGAGUUUCUAGAAGCCGACCGGUCGGUUCAGCCACAGAAAAAUGUGGAUUACAACUCACAAUGGGUCAAGAAUAGUGUCACCAGACUUGGCAGGCUUGUGUCUCAGAACCUCGAGAUGCACGACAAGCACUCCCGAGACCCGGUCAAGGUGAUGGACAGCGAGUACGAGCUGUACCAGGGGCUGAAAGACUGGUCUGAGGUGGCCCUUGCGCUUACAGAGGCUUCUGAUUGGCAGCAAUGCUACAAGGAGCUGUGUGGGAGCCCGGUGUUUUGGCAGGUUGUGGGGCUUGCUGCUAGUCAUCCGAACAUUGACGUUCGCGAACAGGUUUUGAUUAUCUUGGCGGAUCUCGUGGAGGAGGACCGAGACGAGGGAAAAAAGGCCCUGGUGCAGGUUUUCGUGGAGUGCAAGUUAGCCGACGUUCUCGGUUCGUUUUUGGGCCAAUUGGACGAUUUGCGCGAGGAGCCCGAAUUGUACGAGCAGUACUCCACGCUGUGUUUGGGGCUUGCCAUUGCGUUGGUGGAGUACCAAGAGAUCGAUUUUCUGCACAGCCAGAAACUCAACACAGGUGUGCUGGGACUUGUUGCCGGGGCCAGCGCCGCGAAAGUGGACCGUGUUGCGCAGUAUUGCAGCGAGUAUGUGAGCGAGCUUCUUGUGGGUCGGACGGAGGAGGAGAUCCGUGAUUUUGAGGCCACCACGGACGAAGACCUGGUGGAACUUUUAAUGGUGGUUUGGUCCAAGUUCCGCAAGACGCUAGUUUCCGGGUCAGAGGCCACAGAGUUCCUUGAGAACUGUUUGCUGACGCUCGGAUAUCUUGGCCGGUUCGACUCGUACCGGCGUCGGUUUGUGGACAACGAGGGGUUGGACCUGGCAAUGCUGUUUAUUGGCAGCUCUGUUUCGAAACUGCAUGUGAGCAGCGGUCUGAAAGUCGCUGCUGCCAUGAUCGAUCAGGAGUCUGCCUCACAGCUUGUGCAGAUGGGUGUUCUGAAGCCGCUGAUGAAGAGUUUCAGCAGUAAGGUGUCCCGCUCAGACUCCCCCACCAUGUACAUUCUGCGCGUGGUUGCACAGCUGUACAAGUAUCUGCCGUUUGGGUCUGACGAGAGAAUACGGUUGACAAACAAGCUGAUCCACAAGGAGUUUGCGGGUCUGGAGAAGAUCCUGGCCCUGUGGAGAGGUCUGGUUGCCGACGAGUCCGACAACGACGCCGUGUUGGAGACGCUGGCGUCGGCAAACCUGGUUCUUCUUUGGGUGCUGGACGAGAAAUUGGUAGCAAAGAAGGACAUUGAUCAGCUGACCGCCAAACUUCAAAUCGAUCUCAACGACCUGGUCCAGACGGUGGACAUCGAUAUCCAAGCAACCGACCAAGUGGACGAGCGCGAGCUGCUGGUGUCGCUCAGAGACACGCUCGUUGCGAAAAUGCAGCUUUUGCCAGCACCUAAUAUGGCAGAAGCUGGAAAAUAA